UCAAGGGAGGCUCUGCCCGGAGACCGAUGACGCUGCAGAAGGGAGGAUUCCCAUUGGUCCUCCUGCUCUUUCUGGACUCUCCCUCUUCCGAAGUCCCAGGAAACCUCCUCCCCCCCUCCAGACCCUCCGAUUCCUCCUCUGGGGCUGGGAGCGUCUUUCUCCCCCGUUUGGGGCGCUUGUGGGGAGCCUCCAUGGCUUUGGCUGGGCUCCCCCUGAUGCUGCUGCUGGGGGCGCUGGCCCGGAUCCCCGGGAGCGAAGGGGGGCAGGAGACCCCCGCCCAUUUCCUGGCCCAGGUGAAGUCCGAGUGCCGCUUCCUCAACGGGACGCAGCGGGUGAGGCUCCUGCAGAGGAGCUUCUACGACCGGCAGGAGACCGACUACUUCGACAGCGACCUCGGGAAAUACGUGGCCGUCACUCCGUUGGCGCAACCCGAUGUGGACAGGUGGAACAGGGAUGAGCUCCUCCUGCAGAUCAAGAAGGCUGAAGUGGAUCCCUUCUGCCGGUACAACUACGGGAUUCUCCAGAGGAUGUCUGUGGUUGGCCGGAGAGCCAAGCCCACCGUCUCCAUCUCCCCCACCAAGAUGGACCCCUCUUCCCCCAACACCAUCCUCCUCUGCACCGCGACCGGCUUUUACCCCGUGGAGAUCGAGGUCCAGUGGCUGAAGAACGGGCGGCCGGAGGAGGAGGGCGUGGCCUUUGGGGAGGAGCUCCAGAACAGAGACUGGACCUACCAGCUCCAGGUGAUGCUGGAGACCCAGCCCCAAUGGGGGGACGUCUACACUUGCAAGGUGGGGCAUGCCAGCCUGGAGGCCCCCAUCACCGUCCAGUGGGAGCCCCGUUCCUCCAGCUCUGCCAGGAGCAAACUCUGGACGGGGAUCAUGGGGGCCGUGAUAGGAGUGGCCUUCCUGGCUGUGGGGCUCUUCUCCUACCUGAAGAGCAAGAAAGCAAUUCCCAUCCAACCUCCUGCAGCACUCGUGAAUUAAUCCUGCUCUCCGAUGCAAAAGGAUAUUUUUUCUUUAACAGCUGAUGACUCUUUGUCCUGUUUGCAACCUGUGAGAAAUGGAGGCUGAAGGUGGCAGUUUGGGGGGGGGAGAAUGGCAGCCUGGACCUUCUCCUGCUGAGACACACAUACACCCCAGCUUCCUUUCAGGGCCUCUCUUCCUUGUGAGGGAGGGGUGGAGACCAUCUAGACUGUCCCCAGGGAUGCUAGGUGGACCUAUCACUCCAGACCCCUCAAUUCUCCUGGCUUUGAACCCAGAGCAGCUUCAUCUACAUUGUUCUUCCUCCCACUCACUUCCCUUCCCUUCGCUUUGCUAUGAAAGAAUAAACUUUAGAUGUAAGAAAACCCUGGAAUCCUCCCUUCCUUCCUCUUCCUCCUCUUCCUUUUUGCUGCCCCUGCAGGAGGCUCCUCCCUCCGCUGCCUCUGGAUCCACCAUCCAGGCUA